GGAUGUUGUGUCGCGAUAGGUUUCCUUUCUUCUUGUGGAUCAGUCUGCCUCUUCCGGUUACAUGACGACGACGGCGUCGAUACAAAAAGAGAGAAGGAAAACAGGAAAAUACAUUUUCUUGGCGAGAACACUGGAAACUUAAUGUAAAUAGAUCAACGCGUACAGACGGGUUGCUCGUGUUGCGGUGUUACUAACUAUAGACCUAAACUUUGUGUGGUUUGAUACCGUGUGAGCAGUCACAGAGAAUAGAUAUUUGGAGUUUAUUGUUCUUCGUCUGCUGCCUCUUGCUAAGCUAUUUCUGUGUUGCCCUACCUAGCCGUGCUAGCUAACAUUAGCUGGAUGCCAACUCAGUGUGUGUUUGUGUCUUUAGUUCAGAAUUAGCACGAAAGAAAAACAGCCUCGUUAAUCCUCUCGGUUUGCAGCAGGACUCCUCUAACCUCUGCUAGCUCGGUGACAGUAGUUUGGUGAGAAUGGCAACGUCGGCUCUGUACGCCUGUACAAAGUGUAACCAGCGGUAUCCCUUCGAGGAGCUGUCGCAGGGCCAGCAGCUGUGUAAGGAGUGUCGCAUUGCACAUCCUAUAGUGAAGUGCACAUACUGCAGGUCUGAGUUUCAGCAGGAGAGUAAAACUAAUACGAUCUGCAAGAAAUGUGCUCAGAACGUCAAACAGUUUGGAACACCCAAACCCUGUCAGUACUGUAACAUUAUUGCAGCUUUCAUUGGGACAAAGUGCCAGCGUUGUACCAACUCAGAGAAGAAAUAUGGACCCCCACAGACUUGUGAGCAAUGCAAACAGCAGUGUGCUUUUGAUCGCAAGGAGGAGGGAAGAAGAAAGGUGGAUGGGAAACUGCUGUGCUGGCUCUGUACUCUGUCCUACCGCCGCGUCCUGCAGAAGACCAAGGAGCAGAGGAAGGGCUUCGGCUCCUCCAACUCCUCAUCUCUGAAUGAGAAAGACCACCACUCCAGACCUCACCAUCAUCACCACCACCAACACAGACACAGCAGUUCCCACCACAAACUGAGUGGGAGCUUGAGUCCUGAACAGGAGCAGGGACUGUGGAAGCAGAGCCAUAAAUCGUCUUCAAUCCAGAAGGAGACUCCAAAGAAGAAACCAAAACUGGAGAUGAAGCCAUCCAACGGGGACAGUCAUGCCCUUUAUUUUUUAUCUUCGAACAGUAGUUCCAUCACCCAGUCGAUGGACUCUGGAGGAACAGACAACUUCAUUCUCAUCAGCCAGCUGAAAGAGGAGGUGAUGUCUCUGAAGAGAAUGCUGCAGCAAAGGGAUCAGACGAUUUUAGAGAAGGACCGAAAGCUCACAGAGAUCAAAGCAGACUUCCAGUACCAGGAGUCUAAUAUGAGAGUGAAGAUGAACCAAAUGGAGAAAUCACACAAAGAGUCGAUGGAGCAGCAGCAGUCCAAGAACAGGGAGUUGAUGAAACAAGUGGCGGCCCUCUCCAAAGGAAAAAAGUUUGACCGGACAGGAAGUUCUCUGCUGCUGCCCUAACAAAAGGCCGGCCAGCGGGUAACAACACAGAGCGGCUUCAUUGUUGCAACACUGUGAAAGUUUCCCUCCUGUGUUCCCUCAUUGCCAUCGACAUCGAUUAAAAGUUAAUUCGGUAAAGCCAGGCGCCGUGUUGUACAUGGUCAAACAAAUGAUGAAUCAAAGAAACAUUUCUCUAAAUGUCAACCUAUUUUAGAUAUUUUAUGGUGACUUUUCCACCGGAUCACAGGAUUUGACUGUGGAUGGAGGAUGGAGCCCUCGUUUUUAACACUGCCGGGCCAAAACAAAAAGCAUGGUGUGCAUAUGUGGAUAUCAUUCUGUCGACUCAGUGUAUCCACUGAAUUUUUAUGGAUGUCAUGCAAUUUAUUUAUUCAACUGUAUUUCUUAGCUUUUUUAUUUCCUCACAACAUACUGAGAGAAUAUCCCACAUUUUGGGGUUUUCUUCAAUAGGGAUUAGUUCUAUUUUUCUAAAUUGAUUGUGGAGAACAAGUUCUCCUUCAUGGAGACCCUGUGCAACUUUAUGAUGUAUGCAAACGUGGGAUGGGUGACCACUAAGCUCCUGCUCAACUGAGAACUCUCUCAGUAACAAUUCAUGAAUCAACCAAUGAACACUUUGACAGGCUGUCUGAUAGAGCGACACCUCUCGGCUGCCCUCUCUCUCACUGUGUGACAGCUGUAGUGCUUUGCUGUUUCUCUUUAGUGGAACGAUUGUAAUACUGCAUGAUUUACUGCCAGACACCGGUUGGCAUUGUGGUCCGACUUCUUUUUUCCCUCCCUUUUAAUUAGUUUUCUAAGAAUCACUUGUAAAUGUAAUACUGGGGUCAGCCAUUGUAUUUAAACUAUUGCUUGUAUCUGUUUUAGUGAGUACAGUAUGUGUAUGGUAAGGCCAGUUGAAAUUAACAUGUCUGUAGAAGAUGCUUUUUAAAGGAACACACCUUUCACCUUGCAUUAUUGGGCUGGUUUCAUACUGUGGCGUCCAGGAUCACUUUUGUACUUUUUUCCAAACCAACUGUUUUAAAACAAUUAAAACUGGCUAAACUGUUA